UUGCCAUCCUAUGGAGGUGGAGGUCCUGGCCAGAUUUCUGGUGACGGAUCGUCUGAUAUUCGCCUCGAACCAGGCGAUUAUGGAGACUUCAACGGCUUGAAAAGCCGAAUAAUCGUUGCUGCCGGUGCAGGAUCUUCUGAUGGUGUCCUCAUAGAUGGCACAUAUUAUUACGAUCUUGGUGGUGCUGGAGGCGGAUUGUUUGGAUUUAACAGCACAUAUGAGCACGGAAUUGGUGCCAACCAGACAUCAGGAGGACCUGGAAAAGGUCAUGCUGGCACUUUUGGAUUUGGAGCUGGAGAUCCAAAUAGAAGAGAAUCCUUAGGUGAUAAUGAUGGGAAUGGCGGUGGCGGCGGUGGAUAUUUUGGCGGUGGAAACUCUGAUAUACCGCAUUAUGCCGGUGGUGGAGGGGGAAGCUCCUUCAUUAGCGGUUAUAAAGAUUGUAUCGCUAUUUUGAGUUCCUCGACAAAAAGUGACAUAAAAUUUUCUAAUUCAAUCGAUCCAUCAAUUCAUUACAGCGGUUAUAAAUUCACCGAUGGAUUGAUGAUUGAUGGCAAAACAUCUAUGCCAAGUCCACAUGGCGGCACCGAAACUGGCCAUGAAGGAAAUGGCUACAUACGAAUUACUCAAUUCGAAACAUAUUUGGGGAGUUGUUCUCAACAAUUUUCCAUGCGAAUUUUUAGCUAUUCUAUAGUUAUUAUUGUAGAAUCAUAA